AUGGAAAAACUCACUCAUCUGGAAGCUCUGCUGUUUACUGCUGUGCUGGAGAAUUGUGUCGAUCAGCUCUCAAUUCUUGGAUAUAUUAUGCCGGUUUCAUGUGAGGGCAAGACAGACCUCAGCCAUGCUGGCAUCCAGGAAGUUAAAGAAAUCGUAGAAGCCCAGAAGGAGCUGGACAGUUACUAUCAAGAGUCAGCAAAGCAAGGGAGUAGGGAAACAGUUACCUCCAUGUCUCUGAAAAGCAUUGAACACAAGCAGCAGCUGGGUAAAACUGAAGAGCUAAAAAGUACCUGUCAUCUUUCCAAGAGGGCCAUGAAACACAGUGCUCUGUCCAUAGAGAGUCUCAGAAAGAUUCAAGCUGACAGGCAGUAUGCAAGUAAUGUAAUUACAGCCACUAUGAAAAAGAUGCAGGAAUCAGGAACAUUCAAUAGCCUAACAGAAGCUAAUGAGAGAGAGAAGGGAAAAAAGAGCAAGUUUCACGAUGUCCUCAUCAGGGAGAAGGAAGGAAAGAAGCAGAUAAACUCACUUGAGAAACAGCUGCAAGACAUCAAGAAACAAACUGAAAUAGAACUCAAGAGCCGAGAUGCUAUGAUUCUUUACCUGAAAGAUGAGCUCCAAGAGAUGAAAGCCAAAAUGAGCAUGGAGAGCUCCUAUGUGAAGAAAAGCACUGACCUCCAGUUCCAUGAAAUCCAGAAGAAGUGUAGCAAUGCAGAGAAUGUCCUGGACAAGGAAAUUCAGAAGUUGAAGAGCAAAACUGAUGAGGAGAUUCGAAUCCACACGGAGAUUGAAGAUUUCCUCAGGCAAAACCUUAAGAAGGUGGAAGAGAAGCUGGAAUACUGGGUGGACAAAUAUGAAAAUGACACAGAUGCUAAAGACAAAGAACUGGAUGCCCUAAAAGCAUUAAAGGCAAACAACUUGGAAAUACUGCAGGGACUUGCCAAGGAGUGCCAGACAUUUGAGAAGACCAUCAUCACUGACCGGGCAGAAAAGGAUGCUAAAAGAAAACAAAUAGAGCAGGAUGCCUUGGAGCUGAAGAGCACCCUGAAGCUGCAGUCCUGGUGGAGAGGUACAAUGGUCCGCAAGAACCUUGGCCCCUACCAGGGCCUGAAGAAGAAGAUGGAGAAAAAGCAAUCAGACCACAAAGAAAAAGGGAAAAAGGAAAAAGCUGGAGCAAAGAAAAAAAAGUGA